GGAAAAAAAGUGCAGGACAGCCAUUAAAACAUACGGACCCGAGCCGGAAAUACCUGAGAUCCCGUAUUGGCUAGGUUGUUUCGCUUCCUCUGCAAGCACCCGUGGGAACGUUGUUUAUUUUGUAACCUUGUUCCCCAAAUUAUCAUCUCUCUGUUUUCCUUCUUCACCUUAUCGAUCAGCUCCCAACACUCGUUUUAAUCAUCAUCCCGCUGCUUGCCCCCUUUGCAGGGAGGGUUUAUUGGUUUUAUCUACAUGUGUUUAUCCUGAUUCCCGCUCCACUCUGGAAUCUACUGCUCUCGCUCACGUAAAUCACUGCGCCGUUUAUUAACUCUAUCCUUGAAAAUUCCUGGAGAUUACGAAGACAGAAAGAAAGGGGAGAGACUGCCAGGUUGUUUUCCCCCUUCCGUCUUUAUUUAGACGAGGGGCACGCCGACGGUGGAGUUUCCCAUAUCGCAGCAUAUCAUACCAUCAUCAUAACUAUCGUUGAUCACAUAUUAUCAACUCUCUCGGGCACAAAGUCUGCAAUAUUUUUAGGCAUAAAGCCGAAAGAAAGAGAUUGCGUCAUCGCACUCAUUUGCAACCGUUCUUCUACCCCGUUGCCAUCGCAAAUAAAAUCGCAGUGGCCAGAGCCAGCGGCGCACGCCUCGAAAAGCCCAACAGCAUAUUAAGCAGCAGAAUAAGGAGCGCUAUAUCCUUUAUUCGUUUUCCUACGCCUAAAAGUUUUGCCGGCAUACGUCCCUAUCGACCGUUAUAUAUUUAUAACAAUCAUUGCGCCAGUUUACAAAUAUCAAAUCAGGUUCCUAACCCGAAGGAAACAUGCCAUUCCAGCCCUCGAAAUUCACGGAGCUUCUCGACACAGAAAAGCUCCAACAGCAUACCUUCUCCGAUGCAGACGUACGACUGGAAGACAUCCUGGCUGUGGAGGCUGCGCGAGCCGCCUCUACCCCGCGACGGGCAAUGGUCGGCAGAUCACUCACUAGCAUUCCUCCUCCUUCUCAAGCCGCCAGUACCUCACGACGGGCAAUGAUGAACCGAUCACGCUCUACCACUUCCUCAUCUUCUGUGUCGUCCUCAUUGUCUUUGUCUUCCUCGUCCUCGUCCUCGGGUUCACGUACGAAUUUCGCAUCGCAGACAAAGUUAGCUUUUAGAAAAAUUGCGUUUCCUAGUCGGUAGUGGGAAUGAAGUCUCUUUUAACCUGCAUGCGCCCCAAAAUACAAAAGAAAAAUAUAUAAAAAACGAAAACGAAAAGAUGCCACCGUUUGUGCUUUGGGUUUUUGGAGCGAGAGAAGCGGAGAAUAAGUCUUCUCUCGACGAAGUGACAUUACCCAACUAUGGCUGCUUUUUAUAUUCCAGCCAUUGCCUUGAAGAAAUGCUCUCUUGGAUCCGGGGUCAGAUUUGUCUGUUCAUUGAAGUUUGAAUAAUGGAUGGUGCUUUUGCUUCUAUUUAUGCGAUUUAAUGUGGGGUGGCACAGCAGGUGGGUUUUUUCUUCUCCGGUGGAGCGUGUUCGCUUUAUCGAUCCUUUUUUCCUUUUUUCUCU